CGCGGUGCCUGUAAAGCUUUGCUGACCCAGCGCAGCAAACCUGGAGCGACAACCCUCCCAGCACGGUGCCAGGAGAUCCCGGGGUGCCUCAGCAGACGAGCGGGGGCGGAGACAGGGAGACAGCCGGCCCGGAACCGGCAGGGCUGGCCCGGAGGAGGAGAGCGCUGGGCAUGGCGGCGCCCGCAGCGCUGCAGCGGAGUGUGGUGUCCCCAGCGGGCAGGCACACCGCCUCCCUCAUCUUCCUGCACGGCUCAGGUGAUACUGGUCAAGGAGCAAGAGCAUGGAUAAAACAAAUUUUGAAUCAAGACAUGGCAUUCCAACAUAUAAAAGUAAUCUACCCAACGGCUCCUGCCAGGCCAUAUACACCUAUGAAAGGAGCCUUUUCCAAUGUGUGGUUUGACAGGUAUAAGAUCUGUAAUGACUGUCCUGAACACAUUGAAAGCAUUGAUUCCAUGUGCUGGGGCCUUACAGACCUGAUCAACGAUGAGGUUAAGAAUGGUAUUGCCAAGAACAGGAUACUCAUAGGAGGCUUUUCAAUGGGAGGUGGAAUGGCAAUGCAUUUGGCCUUUAGGUUUCAUCAGGACCUGGCAGGAGUCUUUGCCUUGUCUAGUUUUCUGAAUAAAGACUCUGCUGUUUACCAGGCUUUGAAAAGAAAUGAAAGUGCUCUUCCAGAAUUAUUUCAGUGUCAUGGAACUGCUGAUGAGCUAGUUCUCUACUCAUGGGGUGAAGAGACCAACAAGAUGUUAAAGUCUCUGGGAGUAUCAGCAUCACUUCAUACUUUUCCAAACCUCAAUCAUGAGCUGAACAGAGCUGAAAUAGAAAAAUUAAAAUCCUGGAUUGUAAAGAAAUUGCCUGUUGAAGCACCAAAGGCAAAUGAAUAAAUGAAGAUCCAGCCUCA